AGCAACGUCCGCGAGGUCAACCGGAUCAAUGAGCGGGAGCUGGACCUCGCCGUGGACGGGGGCGCGUCCUGGCACGACGACUACCGCGAGAGCGCCUACAUCUUUGUCGGCGGCCUCGACAAGCGGCUGACCGAGGGCGAUGUCAUUGCCGUCUUUUCGCAAUAUGGCGAGGUGCUCGACAUCAAUCUCCCGCGCGGUCACCCGGGUGCAUCGAGCCAAGGAGAGGGAGGAAGCGGGAGCGGGAGCCAGGGUCAGGGCCAGGGCCAGAACCAGGGCGGCAAGCCGGGAGAGAGGCGGGGGUUCGGGUUCCUGCUCUACGAGGACCAGCGGAGCACCGUGCUGGCCGUCGACAACCUCAACGGGUUCAGCCUGCUGGGGCGGACGAUCCGGGUGGACCACGUCAAGGACUACAAG